AUGCAGACGCGCGUUUCCGUCCCUCGGGCCCCGGCCGUCAUCUCGCGCGUCGGAGCCCAACACGAAAGGAUCCUCCGGCAACAGGCCGCCCGAACCGUCAAAAGCGCGUCCGCCUCGCCAGCCGCUUCUUCGAUAACAACGAAGAGGGGCACCGUGGUUUGCCGCGCGUCCUCCUCCUCCCCGGGCCCGAUACGCUCGCUGUUCAACCUCGAGGACAUCGCGAAGCCCUUCAUCUCCGCCAAGGACACCCUGAACGAGGGCAUCGCGUCCUUCUACGACGAAUCCUCCGGGCUGUGGGAAGACGUGUGGGGCGAGCACAUGCACCACGGGUACUACCCCGGCGGCGCACCCCGCGACGACCACGUCCAGGCGCAGGUGGACAUGAUCGAGCGCUCGCUGGAGUGGGCCGGGCUGGAUGCGACGACAGCGGAGGACGGCGUCGAUCGAAUCCUCGACGUGGGUUGCGGCAUCGGCGGAUCGUCGAGGCACAUGGCGCGCAUGUGGCCGGGGUGCGUCACGCGCGGGAUCACGCUCUCGCCGGUCCAGGCCAAACGCGCCAACGAGCUCGCCGCUGAGCAGGGUCUCGGGGAUCGGUCCACGUUUCAAGUCGCGGAUGCGUUGAAUCAGCCCUUCGACGACUCCAGCUUCGACCUGGUGUGGUCCAUGGAGAGCGGCGAGCACAUGCCGGACAAGGGCAAGUUCGUCAACGAGCUCGCGCGGGUGUGCGCGCCGGGCGGGCGCAUCCUCAUCGUCACCUGGUGCCACCGCAUCCUGCGCGAGGGCGAGAAGACCCUACCCGACGAUGAGCUCCAGCUCCUCGACAGGAUCUGCGAGGGUUACUACCUUCCCCGCUGGUGCUCCGUGGCGGAAUACGCCAGGCUGUGCGCGGACGAGGGUCUGGUGGACGUGAGAACCGCGGACUGGAGCGAGCAGGUGUCGCCGUUCUGGCGAGCCGUCAUUCGCACGGCGCUGACGUGGCGGGGAUUCGUCGGGUUACUUCGCGCCGGACCCGCGACGGUCAGGGGGGGUUUGGUCAUGCCCUUGAUGCACCAGGGCCUUCGGCGCGGGACCAUACGGUUCAACCUGAUCACCGCGACCAAGCCGCGGUGA